AUGUUGAAUGAAAAUGUUACUAAUGAAGAUGAUUUGUUCCCAGACCCCUUUGAUAGUGAGAUGCCACACAAUCAAGUUCCGGAGACUGAAGGUACUGAAGAAGUGUAUCGGGUCAACAUUGAUGAGGAAACCCAUCCUUCGAACGAGUUUACUUACGAACAUAUCCGGCGUAGUUCUUCAACCGUUGAUCCAAUCCAAAUUCCAACUUCCAGAGUUCAAAACCGAAGUAGAGGAAGACGAGGGAGUACUUUACAAAGAUCUGCAGGAUCUUCACGAGUCUCUCAAGGGAGUGGUCCACGAGGAAGUCGGAAAAAACAAUCAUUUGAGGCAACAUUGACAGAUACAAUGGCUGGCUUUAGGGAGUUUCAGCGCCAAAGUAUUCAACAAUUACGCCCAAAUGCAUUUGACCAAGAUGAUUAUAACGAGUUUGAUGUGGCUGUGAAGAUUUUCGAAUCGAUGGAGCUGCCCAAUGACACAGAUUUUACUGGGCAUGCAUUCGAGUAUUUAGAGAAGAUGCAUUCUUGGCGUAAGUAUUUCAUUGAUAGAGCUGAUAAGCCUUUCGAAGAGAAGAUACAAUUUUUACAAGCUGUAACUGGACUUACACGCAAUGAUGAACGUGUGGAGAAGCGUUUAAGCUCGGGUAAACAUUUUGGGAGUCAAAGUUCCGGUGGUUGUCAUUCAGGUAGUCCAUCUUCUGGUGGUAAUAAUUCAUGGGGUCAGACUUCAAGUAGUCAAUGGGGUCCUGGAUUUCAACAAUGGGGCACACCACCAAAUGCUCAACAAUGGGGUACACCACCAAAUGCUCAACAAUGGGGACACCACCAAAUGCUCAACAAUGGGGCACCACCAAAUGCUCACUUACUUCACAAUGGGGAGCACAACAAAAUACCCAACAAUGGAGUUCACCGCCAAUAG